AUGGAAUUGACAAGGGUCCUUUGGCUAGCAUCUUUUCCUAUUUUGGUCACAAUUGUAUUGACCAGGAUGGCACGGCGACGAGCGACGUUCUCCCCAACAACCAAACGAUCACCUCCUCAGCCGCCCAUGGUCGCAGGAGCUCCCCUUCUUGGGAUACUCCCCGCGCUUCUCGCCAAGGGCCCGUUGCAAGUAAUCCGCGAUGCCCACACACAGAUGGGGAGCGUGUUCACAGUGAGACUAUUGCAUCGCAAGGUGACCUUCUUGGUUGGGCCAGAUGUGUCGAGCCAUUUCUUCCAAGGGCUGGACUCGGAGAUCAGCCAGGACGAGGUCUCACGGUUCACCAUUCCGACCUUCGGCCCUGGUGUGGCCUUCGACGUAGAUUUCGCCACUCGUCGUGAGCAGUUCCGCUUCUUCGGCGACGCGAUGAAGCCGACCAAGCUCAGGUCCUACGCCCGCCUCAUGGUGGACGAGGUCGAGGAAUACUUUGCGAGAUGGGGACCGACCGGCACAGUCGACUUGAAGCAGGAGCUAGAGCACCUCGUCACGCUCGUCGCUAGCCGGUGCUUGUUCGGAGAGGAGGUCCGGGCCAAGAUGAUGGGCGAGGUCGCAACGCACCUGCGUGAACUCAACGACGGCAUGCGCCUCGUCACCAUCCUAUUCCCGCACCUGCCAAUCCCGGCGCACCGCAGACGCGACAUGGCACGCGCUAGGCUCGGCGAGAUAUUCUCCGACAUCGUCAGCUCCCGCAAGGGAAGCUACCCCGACGGUGGUCGAAACGACAUGCUGCAAUGCCUGAUCAAUUCCAGGUACAAAGACGGUCGUGCCACGACCGAGACGGAGGUCGUCGGUAUGCUGGUUUCCGCGCUGUUUGCGGGGCAGCACACGACCUCCAGCACGGGGACGUGGACCGGAGCGCGCCUCCUCGCGCACGGCAAUGCCAAGCACCUGCGCGCCGCCGUCCAGGAGCAAGAGCGGAUCAUGGCACGACACGGAGACCGCGUGGACUACGAGGUACUGGAGGAGAUGGAAACACUCCACCGCUGCGUCAAGGAGGUUCUACGGCUCCACCCGCCGACCAUGAUGCUGCUCCGCCACGCGCGGCGGAGCUUCACCGUGCGGACCAGGGAGGGCGACGAGUACGAAGUCCCGGAGGGGCGUACGGUCGCCAGCCCGUUGGUGAUCCACAACCGCCUCCCACAUGUGUACAAGGACCCGGAGAGGUACGAGCCGGACCGGUUUGGCCCCGGUAGAGGGGAGGACGGGGCCGGCGGAGCGUUCUCGUACACGGCGUUUGGUGGUGGGCGACACACCUGCGUCGGCGAGGCGUUCGCGUACAUGCAGGUCAAGGUGAUAUGGAGCCACCUGCUGAGGAACUUUGAGAUGAAGAUGGUGUCGCCGUUCCCUGAGACGGACUGGAACGUGGUCAUGCCGGGACCCAAGGGGAAGGUCAUGGUCCGCUACAACAGAAGGACGGUAUCAGUGGCCGCAUAAAUCACAAGCCAGCAGACACUAUGAGGGUUGUUGAAAAGCUGCUGUGAGCUGUGGGCUGUGAAAAAGCUGUUGUGUGGAAAGGUGUUGCGAGCAGUGUUAUCGUUUGGUAAACUGGCUGUCUAAGCUAUGGCUUUCGAGUAAAUGUCUGAAUUACCCCUGAGAUGUUAAGACGGUGUGUAUGUACUGAUAUCAUGAUAAUAAUCUGUUUUUUGACACAUUUCACUAAUUUUUAGUUGUUGUAUGUAUU